CCAGUCCCAUUCAGCUUGGGAAGAUCAGGAGACAGGCAUUUAAUCGAGUAACGAUAGAAUGGGAGCAACCAACGACCUUAAGUUUAGCUAGUUUACGUCAACUUUGUAAAUAUUCAUUAUAUGUAACCGGGCCUGCAGUGGCGUUGCAACCCAUUAAAUGACAGACAAUUAAAGGAUUUAAAAUGAUUCCAUUUGCAUCUGGAAGACGCAUAAUUUCUGGGGUUCCGGUAUGGAGAUGUCUUCAGCAGAUAACUAGAGCCCCACCACCAACAAAAGCUCAGCUGCUGUUACACACUCAAGCCUCCUCAGUGGUAAUGCCACCCAGACUAACGUGCACCAACAGGUUGUUGAGCAUAAGGCCUGUGAGCUGGCCUGCAUCUCGUCUCUGCCAUGAGGAUUCCCGAAGCCCCUCAGAGAGAGCUGACAGCAAAGGGGGUUUCAGUUUGAGGGCCCUUGGCCACGCUCCAAAACCAGCUCUGUACCUUGGUUUCUCUGGGCUCAUCCCCUUCAUCUCUGCCCCCCUCCUGAUGGCCGCCACGCAGUCCUUCUUCCCUGAAGUGGCAUAUGCUCAAAUGGUUUACGGAGCCACUAUAGUCUCCUUCCUUGGAGGUGCCCGCUGGGGGUUUGCCAUCCCUGAGGGUAGUCCUGCUAAGCCUGACUGGAUGAACUUGGGCAACAGUGUGGUGCCAUCACUUCUGGCCUGGCUGGCGCUGCUCUGCAGGGACAAUUUCGCAGAGGGUGCCCUGGUAGUUAUUAUGGGACUGGGUCUCUCACUGCACUAUGACCUGACCCUGCUGCCUGGUUACCCCUCCUGGUUUAAAGCCAUGCGGACUGUCCUCACUCUGGUCGCCACCUUCUCACUGGCGGCUACCCUCGCAAUUAAAAAAUUCUGCUCUGAAAAGAAGAUCAAAGAGCUUCAAAAUUGAUUUUAGAAAGGCAGUUUGUACUGUCAGCCAUAUUGACUCAAUAAAAAUGAUAAAUCAAGUUCA